AUCGCCCGACGGGAAGUGGUCGCGAUGUCUACAUAGCUUCGGCUCUUCGUUUCUAUACUCUUGCUCGUCUUCUUUCAUCCUCUCUUUAGCCUCUUUGGCUCGUUGUAAGACGCGUUGCUUUCUCAGAGCCUCGUAGUGAUGUUUGGUUGCCAUAGUUAUUAGGUUGAUAUAUCCGGGAGCAAUAAAACAGUAGAACCCCGGAUGUUAAUGAAAUGAAUUCAGCCACAGUUUUUGGCCGUCGUGCUGUCGUUGAGGGCGGGCAGAUGAGAAAUGAAGGUACGCGUAUAGAAAUAAGAGAUGGCAUUAUAAGAAUGGUGGAAGCGGCGGAGGAUGUGAUAGAAGAUGAAAAAGAGAAAAAUUCAACAUCAAGAAAUAGUGGCACGCUAUUGGACGCUGAUUUGGUCAUACCCGGAUUUGUUGAUAUCCAUACACAUGGACUGGGUGGUGCAGCAGAUGCUGUGUCCUUCUGGUCUAAUCCUGAAUUUACAUUGAGUCGUCUUCCUCGUCUUGGUACGACUUCAUGUCUUGCUACUAUCGUAUUUCCACCCAGUGAAACUGACAGCAUCAUCGCACAAGAGACAAGACAAGUUUUGCAGUCACUGAAUGUAGCAAUGGAGAGACCAUCACACGGAGCUGUACUAGAAGGAAUACAUGCGGAGGGUCCUGUCAUUAAUGACUGUGGUGCCCUUCCCAGUUCCACACCAAACAUGACGCUUACAGACUUCACUCAUCUGAUCAAGUUAAUUCCACGUCUAAAGAUAAUGACAAUCUCUCCCCACCUUGAAUCUCAAUGCAACUACAACAGACUGAAGACCCUAUUAGAUCACAAUGUAUUGCCAGCUCUUGGACACGAUAAGGUGGCAUCAGAGUCAAGUAUUCUAUCAGCUCUACGCAUUUGUCCAUUGCGUCGUCUUCACAUCACUCAUUGCUUUAAUGUUUCGACGUUCCAUCAUCGAAACCCAAGUCUUGUUAAUUUUGGGUUGACUCAUUGUUUUCCCAAUCUUCCACGAUAUGAAGGUCUUCAGCCUCCCACAGUGGAAGUGAUUGCAGACUUGGCGCACAUACAUCCACUGACACUACAGACGAUGCUGACUGUACGUCAGUAUACUGACAUUGCAAUAGUAUCUGAUGCCAUUCAUGAGCCAAUUGCAGGAAAGAGACUGAAAUACAUGGGAAGAGACUUGGAAGUCUCUCAUGAUUGCAGUCGUGUGACGUUGGUUGGUUCUGAUGUGUUGGCUGGCAGCUGUUGCUCGUUGUUGCAAUCGUUUCGUUCGCUUGUUGAUGUGCUUGGGGUGCCAGUUGGUCAUGCAGCUUGUAUGCUAUCGGAGACACCCGCACGUAUUGCUGCUCUUGACCAUGUGGGAAGCAUUGCUGUUGGAAAGAGAGCCGACUUGUUGCUACUCGAUUCAAAUUUGAAUUUAGAGAAAACGAUAGUCAAUGGACAAGUAAUUUACGACUCUAAAUCUUCACUCAAGUAGAUUCACAUUUUUUCUAUUUUUUUUCUAUUUAAUAUCAACGAAUUCCUUGA